AUGAACACCUUCUACACUUUCCUUCUUCUGGCUGCUGGCCUGUCUGUUGCGGACCCCGACUACCGGGCUGUGUGGCAGCUCAGAUCCAUGCUCAUCUGCGUGAUGCCAGACAGUUGGCCGGCGCUGGAGUACGCUGACUACGGGUGCUACUGCGGCCUGGGUGGCUCCGGCACACCUGUGGAUGAACUUGACAGGUGUUGCCAGACCCACGACCACUGCUACUCCGCAGCCAUGGAGCUGAAAGCCUGUUGGCCUGUCCUGGAGAACCCCUACACCCUCAUCUACCACUACAGUUGCGACAAGGCCAACAAGACCGUCACCUGCGAGGCGAAAAACACCGAGUGCGAGAUGUUUGUGUGCGAGUGCGACAGGAAGGCCUCCAUGUGCUUCGCCGGAGCCGGAUACAACAAGGAGUACGAGAACUGGCCCAGCGAGCGCUGCAAGUGA